GAUAGGUAGUACGACAAAAGACGAGCUGGAGGGAAGUUCCAGCCUGAAUGGAAAGCAACAGAGAAGUUAGGGCCAUGAAUGCCUAAAUGUGCGCGUCCCUGCUUUGCGAAGCUUCAUUCCGCAAUGAAUACCGGAAUGGGCUGUACCAUCUAGGCUAGGGUGGUAUUCCGAACGAUUCCCUGAGCAACACCGGCACGCUUGCACCACAAUAAAAUGGGUGGUUGCACAAGCAAACCUAACGAUAAGUAUGAAACAAGCAAAGAAGUCGCGGACCUUAAGGCGCAAGUUGACCAACUGCAAAGGGCGUUAGCGGUAGCAAAGGCGGGCCAGAGCGGUUUUCCUCCCGCUUACGCUCCCUCGGCAAAUUAUGGCCAGGCGCCACCCUACGGCAAUGCCUACAACAAUGCCUACCCCAACGUCGGCGGUCCCAACGCCUACGGUGGUGGUGUUGGGUACGGCCCCCCUGCUGGUGCUGCUGCUGGUGCUGCUGCUGGUGCUGCUGCUGGUGCUACAGGCGGCGUGAGCAGUGGCAGCGGAGGAGUGGUCGAGACGCUGUUCUUCCCAGAUGCCAAGCUGCCUUGCCGCAACAUGAACAAGCCGGGGGGCUGCAGGAGACCGCACUGCGAGUACGCGCACGAGCCCACCAGCCUGACCCGCUUCCUGGCCCAUCUGGGAAGUGCGCGCAGCAGUCUGGACAUCUGUGUGUUCACCAUAACCAACGAUGACAUCAGCGACGUGGUGCUGUCGCUGCACCGGCGCGGGGUACGAGUGCGGAUCAUAACGGACAACGACCAGGCAGCCACACAGGGCUCCGACAUCGUCAAGUUCGUGCAGGCGGGUAUCCUGGUGCGGCGGGACAAGACGCCGGCGCACAUGCACCACAAGUUCGCGCUCAUCGACGGGCGGCUGCUGCUUAACGGCUCCUUCAACUGGACGCGGCAGGCGGUCACGGGCAACAACGAGAACGUGACGGUGCUGGCGGACCCGCAGCUGAUCCGCUCCUUCCAGGCGCAGUUCAACAAGCUGUGGGAGCAGUUCAAGUGAGGGAGCAGCCCCGUAGUGGGCGGUGCGGCGGCAACUGCGGCUGGGAGGGGAGAGGGGAUGGCGAGCGAGCCAAGCGCAAGUAGGCGGUGUCGUGCGAGGGGAUACGGCUGGUGCAAGGACACGUACCCGCACGAGGGGUGUGCUGGCAAUGUGCUGACCCCUGGGCUACAGGUGCAGUGCUGGUUCGUGCAAAUAGGGUGCAUUGUGAUGUGAUGUGCGCUGGUUUCAGGGUGAUCUUGUACGGCUUGUACGCUGACAGUGGUAAGCUGUUAGGUAUGGUGAAGUAUCGUGACAUGUAGAGCACUGCAGAAACGUGAACAGCAUUUUGUAUGUUGACCACGAGCACUACUUAUUCGCUUCCCUCCAAGACGUACGUGGGGGGCGGGACGGUUACAUUCAUCGGGUUCUUUGGGGGGAUGAUUGGGCCCGUCGAUGGACACCAGCAAUAGCUGGCUUGGGGUUGUAGGGGCGCUGAUGGGCUGCGGUGGAUAGCAGGAGAGGAGGGGUAAAGGGUGUUGGGAGGAGGUGUGUGCGGAGCUGCGGACCCCUUAGGAGGACUUGCAGGGGGGGGGGGGGUAAUUGAAUGAGCAGUGAUCCAAAACAAGCGCGAGGGGCAGCACUGUGUGUCAGUGGUGUGUGAUGUGACCGCCUGACACAGAUACACGGUGUGUAUGAGCCGCUGCUACUGCUGCUGCUGGUGAUGCAUGAUGACACAUGAACUACACAUGGCACGGUGCAUUCACUUUGUGAUAGCUUGGCUACUUACUCGCUAUCCUUGCAUGUUGAAUCCAUCGUCGACUGAGCCCCCCAUCUGGUGGUGGUAACAGGAGCCGUUUGGGUACACAGCUGUUGUGUCGGUAGCGGUGGGUGGGUACCUGCGGCGGACGCGUGGCGCAUGUGAUUGGCUGAGCGGAGCUCGGGACAUGGUGUCUAGGUUGUUACAGGAAGAUAGGAUAUGGGUUGCAGUGGCUGACGUGAAGGCCCACAGGAGGAGGAGGAGGAGGAUGCUGGGGGUGCUGAAGGUGCAUGUGGCGCCACCGCUGACAUACGGCGCCGUACCGUUUCGUAAUGUUCGGGUAUAUACACUGGUAGGACUUGCUGGACCAGACCUGACAUGGGCUUACGGGCUUACGACACGAGCUCCUUCCCUGCUUCACCUGGGCCCUGUGUAUGUCCUCGUGUUAUGGAGUGCUGGGGUCGUACGGCGGUUGCUGACGUCCGGUUGCGUUGUGCUCUGCUGUUAAAAGGGUGUCGAGUUGGGACUGUCAUUACCAUCCGAGCACCUUCUCCCGGUCAUUCGUACAUGCUAUUUGCUGACCUUGACGUUUGCCUGAGAAUGUGCGGCGGGAAGGAGGCCUCCCGACGUGCCGACAACCUCCCGGUUUGUACGGUGCCGUACCCGUCGUCUGCUGCUAUUAUCGUAUACUUAUCAGCGGGUUGCACUUAUCAUUGGGUAAGUCCGGACUCCUCAAGAUCUGUGAUCGUGGUGGUUCGGAGGCCCAACGGGGGGAGCAUGGCGCGGAGCUGUGGGACGAGGUGCUGUCCCAAGGCGAGUGCAGGCAUCCACUUUGGAGGGCCACCACGCAUUGCGGAACAGGUGCAGGGGAGUGUGCAAGUGGAGGAGGUUUCAUUUCUUGUUGCCCUGUGCUGCUGAAUGGGGAAUGGAGAAUGGAGUUGCUUUUCGCGGG